GAUAACCGGCCUUCGUAACAAUUCAAUCACACUAUCCACGUCGCCGCUAGUCAGUCAAUUAAUUAGUUAAUUUUCAUUUGCAAUACGAUUUUUCCCCCAUUCCUUGAGUAAACAAAUUUUAUUCGUUAUUUAGUUGACCGUAUUUGAACUACAACAAUAAUAACGACAUUAAGAGCAACACAAUAACAUUUUUGUGUUGUAGUCGUCUCUUAUAAUUAUCGCUACUAACAAACAUCGACGUUAAAACAACUUGCAAUCGUUUUACAGGAAUGUUUUUUAUUAUGAGUUAUUAUUUACAUUAUUGUUAAAAUGGGUAUUAUCUACGUCCAUUCAAAUUUUUUCUACAUCUACCCGAACUGUUAUAACAUCAUUUCAACAGCAUCUGUUCUGACUUGGUCAUAGGUUUUUUUUAUGUUAUAAUUAAAUACUGUUAGAAAUUUACACAUUCAAAAGAAAAUACUGAUUUCAUUGACCAUGAUUCCUUUAUCAACUAAAUCAAUAAGUGGAGUAAAUUCAAAACUGCCUCUGAUGAGUCGAUUUAAGGAUGCUGUUAGAUCUACAUUGUCUGACAAAAACUCAAGAAAUCUAUUAGCAUUCUUAGUACUAAACUUUACAUUUGCAUUUGUUGAGUUUGCUUAUGGUUGUUGGACGAACAGUUUAGGACUUAUAAGUGAUUCAUUUCAUAUGUUUUUUGAUUGUACUGGUUUAAUUGCUGGUUUAGCUGCUCAAAUUGUGAGUCGAUGGCCAGCUGAUGACUCAUAUUCUUACGGAUACAAACGUGCUGAAGUUCUUGCUGGCUUUGUAAAUGCUUUGUUCCUAUUGUUUAUUGCAUUUUUUAUACUCGAAGAAGCUGUUGAACGAGCUAUUGAACCUCCAGAAGUACAUCACGAACGUUUGUUCUUAAUAUCUGUUUUAGGCUUACUAGUAAAUUUAGUUGGAAUUUAUGCUUUUCAACAUGGAGGGCAUGGGCAUUCACAUGGAGGAGGUGGGCAUGGUCAUUCACAUGGUGGAGGACAUGGUCAUUCACAUGAUGGAGGACAUGGUCAUUCACAUGGAGGAAAUAGCUCUGGGCAUUCUCAUUUUGAUGGAGAAAACCGUAGAAGAGAAACUAAUUUAUUACUUCAAAAUAGUAAUAUAAAUCAUUCAUCCUCAUUUUCUAUACCUAUGUAUAGUAAUGGCAAUAGCAAUAAUUGGCCAGACGAUUCCUCUUCACAUAGUCAUUACCAAAGCUCAAAUAGUUCUGGAAAAUCACACCUUAUGAAAGGUGUUUUCUUACAUAUUUUAGCUGAUACUUUAGGUAGUGUUGGUGUUGUUAUCAGUGCCUUACUUAUGCGAGCAUUUGGCUGGAUGAGAGCUGAUCCAAUAUGUUCAAUGUUUAUUGGAUGUUUGGUUGGUGUAAGUGUUAUACCAUUAUUAAAAGAUUCUGCAUGUGUUUUAAUGCAGCGUACACCUGUAGAACUUGAAGAAAAAAAUAAUUCUAAUUCAGGAACAUCAAUAUCAGUUCUUCAGCAGUGCUACAGGAAAUUAAAGGCAAUUCAGGGUGUUUAUGGUGUGCAAGAACCAAGAUUUUGGACUUUAUGUUCCGAUUCGUAUGUUGGAUGUAUUAAAUUAGAAGUCAAUGGUGCAGAAGUAGAUGCUCGAUUUGUUGUUAGACAAGCAGAACAAAUAUUUGCCCAAGUAGGAGUUCGACAUUUAUAUGUACAAUUGGAUUAUACACCAGUAACCUAAAAGCAACAAUUUUAAUCAAACCACAAGUUUAAAAUUUUCUUUUGAUGUAAAUAAACAUGUUUAAAUUGCAAGGCAAGUGAUAAUAGAAAAAGUGUAACAUUACUUUAAAGGUUAUCAAUUUUCUAUUUUAUUCCUUGUAUAUAAUUUUGUUUAUUUUAUUAUAAAAUUUAAAAAUA